CACGACAACGUUCAUUGGGCGAUCUUGUCGUUGCCAUGUCAUCACCCAAAAGGCACAAGCAUGGUGCUGGGAAGCUGCUGAAGGUGGAUUUCUCAAAAGAGUUUGAAUCUCGUGGCAUUCCUUUGGAGGACAGCCGCGCAGAACGGGAUGCAAGGGAGUUGCAGAAAGUAGCCUCCUUCUUUGGCAUGGAUGGACAGGAGGUGCAUCGGCUCAUGGGCCAGGCGGAGGCGGAGGCCGAGGUCGAGGAGGACGAUGAGCUCUGCGGCGCCGAAUGCGAGGCAGAGGCGAGCGCUGGACUGGCACGGCAGCAAUGGCUCCAUCGACCAGUGACCCCUCGAGAGUUACAGACGGCGAGGCCUCCGCUGCCGAUGAGCAUCUUGGCAGCAGUG